AGCAUAUGUUCGUAGUUUUUUGAAGCACUUCGUUAGUAAGGUGUGUGUUGCUGAUACUUCAUUUUCAAAAUAAUAUAAGCUCAGUCGUUACAUUUACUGCAUCUGUUGUGUUUGAAAAUAGAUUCAUUUGUUUUUCAAAUCUCAUCCUGUAAUAAACCAUCAGAAUUUAAUGAAAAGGAUGAUAUGCAACGUAGCGAUAUUAUUUUUACUGUUACGCAUUUUUGAAAUACAAGCCGCGAGUAAUGGUGCCGCUCCAACUCCACCAAUGGGAUGGUCAUCGUGGAUGGUAUUUAAAUGCUACACGUGGUGUUCCUAUUAUGACAGCAAUCCGCUUUGUUACUCAGAAACAAACAUAAAACAGGUAGCAGAUGCAAUGAUUACGGGAGGAUAUUCAGACGCAGGUUACAAAUACAUAAUUUUAGACGAUUGCUGGCAAAGUGCAACUCGAACAUGGGAUGAUCGAUUAAUUGCUGAUCCGAACCGAUUCCCUAAUCAAAUGCGAGAUUUAGCCUUAUACAUGCACAAUCGAGGUUUAAAGUUCGGAAUUUUCAGCGAUUUGGGAAAAGUAUCCGGACAAGGAUUUCCCGGAUCGUAUGGUCGUUUGGAACAAGACGCCAACACUUUCAUUUCGUGGGAUGUGGAUUACGUGAAAAUGAGUGCAGCCUCAGCUGACCCAGCGUUACUGAAUUAUCUAGAAUACCCCGAAUUUGGAGGCUAUUUAAUGAGAUCUCCGAGAUCAAUUGUAUAUGCAACAAGUUGGCCCGUUUACAGAACAUACAAUCAGUACCCUAUUGAUUAUACUAGCGUACAAAGAAGUUCGAACACCUGGAGAUUUUACGGCGAUAUGGAUGCUAGCUGGCAAACAUUGAGAAAAGUGAUGGAUAAUUACACAGCUCAACAAGAAACACUAAUAAAAGUAGCCGGACCAGGGGGUUGGAAUGAUCCGGACGUGUUACUAGUUGGAAGCCCUGGGCUAUCAUAUGAUCAAUGUAAGGUUCAAAUGGCUAUUUGGUGCAUAAUUGCGGCACCUUUGAUCAUAUCAUCGGAUAUACGAACGUUGACAAAUCCUUACAAAGCGAUAUUGCAAAACAGAGUGGCAAUUGGAAUCAAUCAAGAUGUACUAGGACUGCCAGGAUAUAGAAUUUUUACGAAAAAUGGAGUCGACGUAUGGAUAAGAAAAAUUAAACCCGACAUAAAUGGGCAGUACUCUUACGCAUUAGCUUUUGUAAACACAUACGAAGAUAUAUCGGUGUCUUUUUCUGUCACUUUGGAUGAAUUAACUUUGAACAGUAGCAGCGGGUAUUACAUGAAAGAUGUAUUUUCGUCAGAUACAAGCGCUAAAGGCCCAAUAAUGAUUCCAGCUUCAAUAUUACAAAUGCAAAUUAGUCCAACAGGUGUGGCAUUUUAUAAAGCAGAACUUGUAACAUCAUCAUCCACUUCAACAAGAAGUACAGAUUUUCAAGUAAUUCCAGAGAUAAUACGAUACCGUUAUUAAACUGAGCCGGAAUCACUUUGGAAAAUCGCGAAUUUCGUUACUGCAAAUCGAAAUUAUACGUUCGAUCAUUCGCUUCUAUGGUAAUUAAUAAAGACCUUGUGUUCUUCACAUUUCUGCGACAAAUCAGUCUCCCGUUCAAAUUAUCACCUGAAAUGACACGAAUUUAGCGUAGAAACUCGAAUAUAAGUAAAAUUCCGUACAGAAAAUGACGUGUACCUUUCUUUAAAACGAUAGGAUGCGAUAUAUAAAAUAUAGUUUGUUUCCAAUGA